GUUGUAAUCGUAAACAACUGCAUAGAUGCAAUGGCUGCCUAUCGAAACUGAUUUCAGAUCAGUCUCCAUUUCACACAUGAGGGAACGGGGGUCGCUGCUGUUUUAGCAGCAUUGAGAACAGAUGUGGAUGUACAGACGCAACUGUAACAUUAUCGUAGAAACCUAAAGUAUGGAGAAGCCUGAAACGAAGGAGACGAGGAACAGAUGGAAGAGAUGAGUGAACUUACUCAACCAGAGACUUCAGAUGAGAUCUCUGAUGAGAAUCAGAACAAGCUGAAAGAGACAAAGGCUAUGGACGUAGACACUGAUAAAGAUGACUCGGAGAACAGGAACACACAAGAAAAUACCUCGGAGAGCCAUAGCUGCUCUUUAGAUUGUGAUAGUCUCUCUGGAAUUGUGCCGCCUGGGCCGAGUCCUUUUCUUCUGGCUUCACUGCAGUCUCUUGUUGAAGAAAAUGAUUACAUGCUACUCCCUCAUUCCUUACACCAGAUAGCAGAGGACUAUUUCCGUGAAGAAGAUUAUCCAUGGGCAGUGGAGUUUCUCACUCUGGAGAAGCUGUACCAUGAGAGACUUCUGUCUAAUCUGGCCUCCAUUCAGGAGCAAUGGGAGUCCCAGUGGAAAACCAGCAUCCAAACUCAAAGUAACUCUUCUGUAAGUGAGAGCGAGAGAGCACACAUAGAGUCAUUGAGUCACAUCUGCAGGACACACCAGAGACCGAAUCUGCAUGCAGAAAAGAGCACGAGUGACACAAAGCCACGAAACAGCCCAACCCAUGUAACAGAACACGGAGAACAAGAGAAAACUUUAGUGAACUCGGCUGUGAGGGAAAACCGGGCGGGUGACUGCUCACGGCUAGAAGCUGAACACGAGCCAGAUGAAGAUCGUGAACUCAACGAGGAGGGGGAAGGGCAGGAGGAAAACCUUGAAGAAGAUGACUACUGGAAUGAGGAACUUCAGGAAGAGCAGGAAGACACAGACAUCGAUGGCCAGGUUCCAGCGGAUGAGCUGGCCAAACUCAUUCAGAUAGAGGAGAUGUUUCCUUCAGAUGGCUUAGUCUCUAUUUUAAAGAAAAGAGAUUGUGUCAAGGGAACAGACGCUCUUAAUCCGCCGAAAUACUCAAGAAAACGCAAAGUCCGCUUCAGAGAACCAGAUGACCCUUUCGAUCAAGAUGAGUCGACUAAAAAGUCCUGCCUCAUUCUUCUCCUCUUGUGUGUGGUGACCGUGGCAAUUAGCAUGGGCUGGACUGCACUCUCUUGCCUUGUUGGAGAGGGAAACUCUAAUGUGUGCGUUGACUUCUCUCAUAACAUUGACUUUUAUUUUGGACCUGUACGACAAGGAGUGGACAUUUUUACACAUUGGCUCUCUUCUUCAUCUGCAUCAUAGUACUCAUUUUAUGCAACUUUAAGGGCAACUCCUAUUUCUUGGACAGACAACAGUAUUCCUCCUGACACUAAUAAUAUGCACUAAUGCACAUUACCAGGCUGGCCUUAAUAUUUCUCAUACAGUACAGUGCUUCCUGAUGCACAGGUCGGAGUGCUUGGUUUAGGUACUGAAACAGGUUUAGAAGAGAUGAUAUGCAUACUGUAUAUCACUGCCAUUAUAUUUAUAUAUGUACUGUAUGUUCAUCUGUCAUCUAUACAUACAAAUUGACAACUUUGACCUUUGCAGUAGACAGGUUUUUUUAAGCAUUCCAUACUUUAAAUACAUGCCUUUCGUGUAUUUAUAUUUUUUCCUGACUUGGCAGUUUUUAUUAGUGCUCUAACCAUUAAAACUUAAAUAUAAGGAGACAAGAUAAUACAUUAUUAAUCCACAGCAGGAUAAAUUUGAGUGUCACAGCAGCAACAAGACAAAUAAAGAAAAAUAGAGAUAUAUGACAUACAGUCUUGUUCAAAAUAAUAGCAGUACAAUG